GUUAGUAACAUCCGAUUAUUUUAUAGUUGAUUUAUAUACGUAUUUGUUAUUAUUAUUUAGAAUAAGUGACACCGUGCCAUCAAAGUCAAUCGCGCAUGUGAUGUAAUUAAUAAGGCAUGAUUGUACAGAGAAAUUUUUUUAAGCCAAAAAGCUGGGGACGUCAAUUUUCUUUUCUCCCUUUUUCUUUUGCAAAUUUUUUUUUAUUGAUGAUUGAUCGACCCCUUUCCCAAUGGUCUCAGACCAUGAACAGGAUUCAUAGUCCGACUCCAGACAACGAGAGUAUUAACAGCUCACAUUUGGAAACGUCCAACAGUAAAAGAACAAGAAUUAUGCCCUUGCAAGACGAAAAUCCCAACCCGACACCGAGAAAAAGAAACAAUUCGCUCAUUCCCAUUGAACUCAUGAUGAAUAACAGUGGAGAAGGAGGAAGAGAGUGUGCUGCUCUGGCUACCGUUUUUGGUGUACCAGAAUAUAUAGACUCCAAAAUAUUUUGGGAAAGACAGCAAUAUCAGCACGAAGGGUUACUGCCAAAGAAGCAGGCUAAUAAUACGAGACCUACAAAUGGGUCAACCAUGACGAAUAAUACGGAAAAAUACGGUCAUAUAUCAGUGAAUGGGACAUCUGUGAUGAGCAGACCUCUAUCAACUGCAACCCAUAACAACGAAGGGGAUACAAUCAUGUUACAAGACCACGAAUAUCAGUCCAAGUUUGUAAUUUCGUCCUACGUUGACUCCGUUCUUGAUCCUGUAGGAUCUAGUGAAUUACUCAAACCUUCUUUUCCAGCAGGAAAUGCUACAUCACCUACACCAACUGCCACCAAAAGUUUCUCAUUACCUCAUAUACCAACCGUCAGCAAGUUUCAAGACAUUCUUUAUCAAGAUGAGAAUGGUUUUGACGUUAUGUUUCCUGCAAAUCCUUCUUCUAUACUGAUACACUCUUCAACACCAAUCAUUAGAUCAGAAUCCCUUUCAUCCAUCAAUAGCUCUUUUAUACUCUCAUCACAAUCAGCUAAGCAUAUUUCAUCCAAUCAGGAUGAAGAAUCUAUUCACCCUACUACAAGAUUAGUUGUAACCAUAGGAUCACCAGAGACAUUCGAUUUAAUAAUAUCUGACGACGACGAAAGAUUUAUUAUAUGGGGUCCCGAUCCAAUCGUACUUUCUUCUUCCAUGGCAACAACAACAACCCCUGAAAGCCCUUCUUCUUAUGCCACUUUGUAUAACAACCAACAGAACAAGAGGCCAGAAUUAAAGGGCUUCUCUUCAAAUGCUACUUCAACUUUGGCCCGAAGCAAAUCCAUACAUUCUGUGAAAAACAAUAGCAGUACAAGAUCAAGUUUCGCUUCAGUACGAUUAUCUGCACAACUUUGGUCUGAAAGCCUUAAAUUAGGUAAUAAGCAUGCACUCAAUAAUGAGAAACCUGCAAUCACAAAACAUGGCUCCUUAUUGUUAAGAAAGGCUUUCGGAAUAAAAACAAAGGCCAAGCGCGAUUCAAUCAGCAGCGAAAUUAAUACCAAUGCUUUCCCCGAUAUACCAAAAGUCAUCGAAGCUGCCACUAUUCAUAAAUUAGUAGAAAAAUUAACCAAUACACUAGAUUAUACUUUUAUGACGGAUUUCUUCUUGACAUAUAGAGAUUUUUUAUACCCUGAGGAUUUGUGUCAAUUAUUAAUAUCAAGAUUUUAUUGGGCAUUGAAAAAUGAUGAAGAGCCUCGAAGAAUUGUCAGAAUAAGAACGUUUGUCGUGCUCCGUCACUGGUUAAACAAUUAUUUCGUUCAUGAUUUCAUCGGCAACAGACCUCUUAGAAGAAUAUUAACCGAUUUCCUCAAUAAACUCCCACGCCAUCCGUUAGUCAAGGAGUCUCCACGCGACCAACGUAUUGUGAAAAUACUAAAGCGUGUCGUACGCCGGCUCAAAAAACUAUACUACAACAGAUCUUCCGGUGCUUCUCGCGUCAAAGUAAUUGCUCCGCCUCCGCCUACUGCAGAACAAGAACAAAUGGGUGAAAUUGUUCGUGCCAAAUUAUCUCAAAAUGCAAUCAGAAGAAAGACAGCUCUUGGAGUGGAUAUGAGUAGUCAUCAUAAUGGAAACAUGGCUGUGCAGGACGCUCGCUAUGCCCCUGUAGUAGUAGUGGGUAGUUUGAAUAUGAAGGGCAGCUUUAUUGAUUCAGGCUUAGACAACAACAAAUCUUCGUUUGUGCAACUACGACGAUACCCAUCACAACAUUCAGUUCCUGCACAGACAUCACACGAUAUAGAUAAUACAGUCGUAACAGGCCUUGAAGAUAAUCAAACAAUUCGUUCAUCAAUCCAUCAUCGCUAUGAUAAAAGUGUACACGAAGCUUCGGAUUUUAACGGCGAGGGUGGUACCAAUAUUGGUGCUGGUGUGAAUGAGGCUAGUUCUGUUAUAAGUGUUGCUUCUGAUGAUUCUCUUGAAAGUGAAUUAAGUGCUGGCGAAACUGUUCCUGAGGAAUCAGAAGAUGAUGAUGAUGAUCACUCUCAUAUUCAGCAAGAAUCUUGUGUAGAAUACGAUGAACAUGAACGUCAUUGGAUGCAAGAGCAACAAGAAACAUUGGAGUACUUCAAAUCCCUCAGCAUCAAUAAACCCAUAUCCGAAAAUCCCGGAAUGUCUCAAAGUAGUAGUUUGACGCAACUGGAUACAUCAUAUAAUCACCUGAUGAUAGGGAAUUUUAUCCAAACAGAUAAGGCCGAUUUGACCAGUGAAUAUUCAUCUCCCUCUACACCUACAACGCCAACACAUGCAACUGCCAAAAAGGACAGUAACGCUCAGAAAGGAAUACGUAGGAUUCCAUCCGAGAGAUGGUGUAAAACAGACGACUAUCAAAACAAACACCCGUUAGAUAUGGAUCACGGGAAAACCUUACCAGAUGAACUUUUAAAGGAGUUAAGCGGGGAUGAAACUCAACAUAAAUCUCCUAUAGGGCUUUCGCGAAAACUAUCUAAAAAGAGCAUAGAAAGAAGAAAAAGUGAGAGAAGUUUCCAAGAUCCCUCGUGGUCAUCAGCUCCUUCAUCUGCAACUACAUCUCCUUAUUUGACUGGUACUGUUUCUGAUCAUGAUAUCCCUGAUGUUCCUGAACUUCCUCCAUUAACAUCAGAUAUGCUCGGUGGCAGUUAUAAAAGUCGUAGUAAAGCUGUUAAGAAAAAGAGCUUGCUACCAAAGAAAAAAUCCAUGCAUCCCGAUGAUUUAUUGAUUGACACGUCGGGUGCUUUGGAAGCGUUUGCUUCCAUUCCUUAUGAAUCUACAAAAGUGAGUACCAAGGCACAAGAGGAGGUAAAAGAAGAUACGCAAGCCAAUAAAGUACCAAAGCGUAGACUUUCAAGAGCCAUUUCCAAGGUAUUCAGACCCAACCAAGAAGAAAAGCCUAGCAAGGAAAGUGACAUCCCCAAAACACCGACAGCAACUGAACAGAAACCCGAAUUACCAUUACCUGCUGAAGUUGAAACCAAACAAGAAGAGAAACAAGGAGGUGGCCAUUUAGUUAGCCUUAUUGCACAACGUCUUAGAUUGAACAGUGUGGACGAUAGCGAAACAGAAGAGCUCGCAUGCGACUGUGCAAAGUGUUCAGGAAAUAAAGAAAAUACGACAACCUGUAGACGACUCAGCGUAAUGCUUAUGCCUGACGAUGAACGUAGACGUAGUUUCGAAUUAAGACGUAGACGUGGUGCAAGUGUUGACAUGUCUCAACAAGACUUUGUGAAUCAUCUUGGCGCUAUAGCUCAAGAACAGAAAAACGGAAAAGAUUUAAAGAGUGGACCUGUUUAUCUUGGUCAUUUACAGGCACGAUCAGUGAUUGGGUCCAAUACUUUACCUGAAGACACCGAGUCCGUACAUGAAUCUUCAGAUGAUGAUAAUAGUACAGCCAGUUUUGCUCCUUCAGAGAGAUCAAUUCAAACAGAAGCUCAGGCUAGCUCUAGUCGCGCAAGAAUGUCGUUUAUCUCUGAUGCUACAUCUCAAGUACCUCGAUCGAAAUUGAUUGAACUUGGUAUACCACCCGUAUUACCAACACAUCAACACAUUCCUGACACAAAUCUUCAAAAUAAUAACGAAGCUACUGCAUCGAUACCAAGACCCAUCCACAAUGUAUCACCUAAACCAAGUGGUCGCUGUUUCAUCAUGUCUUACAGAACAAGUAUGAUUGCAAGUCAACUCUGCUUCAUUGAACGUGACGUUUUGGUUAAAGUAGGCUGGGAAGAGCUUAUUCAUUGUAAAUGGACAAAAAUGGAUGCAAGUGGAAAGAUCAAUCCUAACUAUGCCAACCAGAGCACCUUCGAAGACGAUAUUGACGAUGAAAAGAUCAAUUAUACCCGCCAAUCAGAAAUGAGACGAACAGAGGAACAAGGCAUUGAGCAAGUCAUCCAGCGAUUUAAUACAGUAUGUCAAUGGGUAUCUUCGGAAAUUGUCAGAACAAGAAAUAUAAAUGAACGAGUCAGACUGAUUGAGAAGUUUAUUCGAUUAGCAAAGAAAUGCAAAAUGUAUUCCAAUUAUGCUACACUCGUACAGAUCCUUUUGGGUCUCCAAUCUCCAGCAGUUGCUCGUUUGGAAAGAACCUGGUCAAAAGUCAGUGCCAAAUGUCAAAAGCUACUCAGCAAGCUUACUGAGUUUACAUCUCCCAUGAAGAAUUGGAAGAAUAUCCGUGAUAGUAUGACGGAAGUAGCCGAAGAAUACGGCAAUUCACCUGCUGAGGUACAGGUAGAGAUGCCUGGUACUACCGCCAACAGACAAAAGUUCAAGAAGACUACAAGAAUCAAGAUUCCUUUUGGCGGAUGCAUCCCAUUCUUGGGUAUUUAUUUGUCUGACCUUGUAUUUAAUUCUGAAAAGCCUCGCUUUUUAAAAGCAAACUUGGAAAGCCAAAAGAUUUACAGUGCCAACAAUACCAGAAAUAUGCCCGCUUGUCUUGAUCAGCCACUGGUCAACUUUAGAAAGCACCGUGUCAUUGCUACCGUGAUUAAAAGAGUUUUGACGUUUCAAAAUUUAUCAACCCGUUAUUCAUUUGACGCUGAUGGAAUUUUGCUGGACAAAUGUCGAAACUUGGAGGUAUUAGACGCUGCCAAGAUACGCGAGUUGAGUGCCAUGCUGGAGUAAAUGGGUCAACAUAACUUUCAUAUUCAAAAAAUAUUACCACUACUAUUAUUAUUAUUAUUAUUAUUAUUAUUAUAUAUACAAAUAUCUUUAUUUCUUUCUCUUUUACUAUGUAUUAUAUCCCAAAUCAUAACUAAUCAUAUUUUAUUUAUAAAAUAAACUGAACACUUUUUAAUUUCAAAAAAAA